UGUCGCUGAUUUGAAUGAACUAGAGGACACCGCGCAUCAUAACAACGCAUAUAAAAUCUAAAAUAGUAUCUUAAUAAGCACUACACGCUAUUGAGUCGCGGGAUGCAUAACAACAUUAUAGUUGUAUAAGAGACAGUUCAGAACAGAGCAGCCUAAAAGAGCUGCUGUCAUCGGUUCUUAACAUUUGAAACGAUUUACCUUUUAUUGCUUUUUUGAAAAUAUAUUUUAUCAUAGAGUUUAAUUACAGCAAUUGCACUUAUGGACACCAUUCUGGACAAUUUCGCCCCGGAUAAACUUUUCCCCAGUGCCAACCUGUUGGACCUUGAGGAUUUGAAUGAAGGGGAUUUUCUCAACAAUGUGCACUUCUCGGAGCAGAUGGAGGACUUCUCCAACGAGCUGUUCAGCAGCUUCUUUGACGACCACCUCCUGGCCGACAGGAACCCACUGUUGGACAUGGAGAUGGACCCACCCAACCCUGACAUCCAGCAAGAACACAGCUACUCCCUGAGCGGAGACUCGGCCCCCCAGAGCCCCUCCAUGUCCAUCAAAAUAGACGAGGAAGCAGAGUUUGAAGGAAUGUGGUCUUUCAGCCAGGACCUGACGGCCAUCCUGGUAAAGCAGGAGCCUGAUCAACGGGCAGAGCCUUCCUCUACAGUCCCCUCCAUGGGGAACUCAUGCUUCCAGCCUCUCAACCUCGCCCCACCACCUCACAGGAGCUCAUCGGGGGAUAUAUGCUCCAAAGAGUUGAACCUCAACCCCACACCUGCAAUCAAAGAUGAACCCAGAGAGGUCAACCAGUUCCUCAACAUCCCCUCAGAUGAUCAGCUGCAGCUCCCCCCCACCCCUCCCAGCAGCCAUGGCAGUGACAGUGAUGGAUCUCAGAGCCCCCGCUCCAUACCCCCUUCCAGCCCAGCCCGCCUACAGGCCCGCUCCUCCGCUGCCAUAUCCUCCUCACCCCUCCUUACCGCCCCACACAAGCUACAGGGCACUUCGGGGCCACUGAUGCUGACAGAGGAGGAGAAACGCACCCUGAUUGCUGAAGGUUACCCCGUACCUAACAAGCUGCCCCUCACCAAGACCGAGGAGAAGGCACUGAAGAGGGUGCGCAGGAAAAUCAAAAAUAAGAUAUCUGCCCAGGAGAGUCGCAGGAAGAAGAAGGAGUACGUGGAGUGCCUGGAGAAAAAGGUGGAGAACUACACGUCUGAGAACAGUGACCUGUGGAAGAAGGUGGAGACACUGGAGAGUGCUAACAGAACUCUACUCCAGCAGCUCCAGAAACUCCAGGCCCUGGUCACAGGAAAAGUGCCCCAAUCCUGCAAGAUGGCCUCCACGCAAACAGGAACAUGUCUUAUGGUGGUGGCGCUGUGCUUUUUCCUGGUGCUGGGCUCCAUUGUGCCUUGUCUGCCUGAGCUCUCCUCCCUGUCCCAUACUGUGAAGUCCUCCUCGCCCCUCCCCUCGGCUGACGUCUACACAGCCAGCCAGGUCCGCUCCCGCAGCCUACUCUUCUACGACGAGAACUCCUCGUUGGAGGACGGUCACAGGGGCUUCCUGAAGAUGGAGGGGGACGGCUCGGAGGGGGCGCCCCUCGACUACAACGAGGACCGGUCGGCACAUGACAGCCACAGGGGCGAACACGAGAACAUCAAGUACCUCAACAAGGCUCACUCCGACCCGGUGGACUACAACAGGACCGGCGCCCAGUUCCUCCAAGAAGAGCCGCAGUACCACAAAAUAGAGCCAAACCCCGAAGGAGGAGCGGAGUACUUUUAACCUUUAGGAGCGGAGCUGCCAAAAACACACAGCUCUCCAGACUCCUUGCCCAUGUGGAUGUGUAGUGACACUACGGCGCCCCCUAGUGUGCCAUCCCCAACCCACCUCUCCCUGCACUCCCUGACCUCCUGCAGUAGCUCCCUGGCCUUCCUGUUCCAUCCCAUUCCCUGAAGUUCCAACCGGUAGAGAGGAUGAAGAGGGUAUGUGAAGAAGAUAGAAAUGAUGGGCAACUGCAAUCAAAGCUCCACAGAAACUUUUCAUCUUUGACUGUUGUGCUUGACUGGAGGCAGAAGCAGGGAGUGAGAGGGGCUUUUUGAAACCUCUGUGUGCAAUGUGUGUCUGCCUGCACUUUCAAGCGGGUGAGUGUGGUUGCAGUGCUUCUGUGCAGAGGAAGUGCUCCUCAGAUUCCACCACACUGUUGCUUUUUCAAGGACUGCUAAAAAUAUUUAGAACACAGGAGGUACUUCAGGUGAAGGGUGUAUCGGAUCUAUAGCAAAUUGGA